AUGAACCACACGCCUUCCCAGUCUAUGCGCCGUGCAUCCCAGGGUAGCAGUGGUAGUCCCGUUCACUCGGGGCAACAAGACUCCUCCGUCCCCUCCGGCUUCAACAAUCGCCAAAUGCCUCCUCCAUCCUCGCCUCGUUCUUACGCCUCGCGAUCACAAUCGGCGAACGCGCCCGCACCAUCCCUAGUCUCCCGCGAUACGCUAAACAACCAGGCUCAUCGACCGGACAGCAGCAUGUCGAUCAAUUCCCUACUGGGAAACACUGCUCCUUCGGCGUCGCAGUUCCCACAAACCUCCCGGUCGCUUUCCGGUACAGCACAAGCAUCUGCCGCAGUUGGCAUGUCACCAUCUACUGCCCAAAGUCGACCAUCUCUGGUGGAUUUCCGCCGCUCUCAAACCCCUGAACAGCCCUUUUCGAACUCGCAAAUGGGUCGGCAUUACCGAUCUGGCUCUGGUGGCGGAUCAAGUCUCUUGGGUAGGGAUCUGCUACAAUUUGGGGGCCUGUCUCGUGUUUCGUCGUCGCAGUAUCCCGAAAAGCCCCAUUCGACACAACCUUCCCCUCAGAAUUCACCGAUCGAUCCAAACCACGAAUCUCGUCGCCGAAGUUUGAGUGGUAAGAUACCUCGACCGAGCAGUCAGCCACCUAACGCGGAGGUACCUGCGCGGCAACCGGGCUACAGCCCGCUUUCUCGAUCUGCGGGAGGUCUGUCCGACUUUGAGCCUGGUCAGCGACCACCUGCACAAUACCAGGGUCUCAAUACCCAUUCUGGGUUUGCCAGUCUGCUUGGGGAUCAGGAUCGAGAGCGUGCAGCUCUUGGUAUGGAGGCAAAGGGGCAGCCCACAGGAUCUAGCUCGCGCUAUGGCGAAUCAAAGCCUCUGGGCCGUCACCCUUGGGACCAGGGCUCCUCAUCCCGGGAAAGCAAGCGCGCGCCUGAAUCAGCUUCGGGCUUUGAGCUUGGAGGAUUUGGAGGGAUCCAAAAUUACACCAAAUCUUUGGGGUCUCAACCUGGUGGUGGUCGUCAGUCGUCCUCGCUGAACACUGGACACAGUCAAUCAACACCUUCUCGCGAAUCACCCUAUCUAAGUAGACAGCCACCUCCACGAAUGGGAUCCACCCCAAAUACAGAGGCGGCUGGAGCGGGACUCCUUGGUCUGGCGGCUUCUGGGGGAGAGGCGCGGCGCAAGGGAAGCGAUGACCUCCUACAGCCCCAUUUGCGUGCAGUUGGUGUCGGUGGAAAGCUUGGUGGACGUGCAUCGCCACUCCCUCAAGCUGUUCAAGGUGCGCAGGCCCCGUUUAUCAGUCAAUCUGGGGAGCCCAGUAUCAAAAAUGAGCUGGGUAGGGUGUUCUCUGGCAUUGGCAGUGGUGUCGGUGGUGUGACCGCUGGUGCAUCUGGCAGUGGACCAUCGACGCCGUUGAUCGCAAGCCCAUUUAAGCAUCAUAGCGCCACCGGUCGCUCUGUGAAUGGGGAUGGACUUGAUGAUGGUAGAAUCCCUCGUUCACUUUCCGCCUCUGGUGGCAGGCGAUCUAGGAAAUCUAGACAUGACCAUGAUGCUCACCCACAUCGACCUCGUAAUUACUCACAACACCCAAAUCACCACCACCACCAUCAUCAUCAUCACCAUCAGUAUGUAUCUGGAGAUCUCUACGGCUCUGGUUCACAUGUACUGACUACGUCUCCUAGUCAUCACCAUGACCCUCACAAGGACCCUCAAAGACCAGAGAAGGAAGCAGACUCCCUAUCCGGGCACCAAAAUCCUCCCCGUUACGAUGUCCCUUGGCCUCCUGCCGCCGUAGCACCUCCCAUCCGAGCGCCUCGCACCACUGUGAACCUGGAACCCCUUCUCUCCAGCGUCGCCCACCUUCCUCGACAUCACCUGGGAUCAACAUUAUACACCCCUCGCAUCAGUGCUCCGUCGACCAAGUCUUCAUCAGAAAGUUCUAAAUUCGGCUACAGCACGACCCCACAACCUCUUCCACGAUUUGAACAGCGUGAGAAUUGCACCUUCACGGUUCGUGUACCACGCUUCCGAGUUGAUCAAAGCCACCGUGAAGAGAUAUGCGCACGGCGAGCCCUGUGGGGUACUGGCGUGUACACAGAUGACUCUGAUCCUGUCGCCGCCGCCAUCCACUCGGGCUUCUUCCGAGGUGCGUGGGGUGAGGAUGUGGAGUCUAUGCUGGAUCUAGAAAUCAAAGACACCUACCAGCACGCCCCGCCAGCCGCGGAGGCAGACAUCUCGAAACCAGGCUCCCAGGCCAACGGACCUCGACUACCGCCCAUCCCUCCACCCAACCAAGAUCUUCACAUCACACUUUUGAUCCUCCCCCGAUUGGAGCGGUAUGAUUCGACAGUUAUGUUUGGAAUCAAAUCCCGCAAGUGGGAUGGCCGGCAUGACGGCAUGAGUUUCAAGGUGCACCGCGUGGACUGGGUGGAUGACGGAGUUGGACGCGGCGAGGAGCGAGGCGGCGAAGCCCGACGCAAGCGACUUCGUACUUUGAUGCAGACUGGUCGUAUCUGCACGGGGCCCGCGCUAGCUAAGAUGGACGAGCUUCGGCGAAGCGGAGUGCAGGUUUCCCGGAAGCUUGACGGCCAGGAGCAGCCCACGCCCGUUCAGCCGGUCUCCUAG